GGCCCUGGCUCUGGGCGGCGCGAGGGGCUGGAGCAGCCGGCAGCGCAGGACGCCGAGCGCCAGGCGCCAGGUGCCGGCCGAGCUGCUGCGCGCCUGGGCGCCCGGCUGGGUUGGGGACAGUCGCUGGGUGCCGGCGAGCCGAGCUAGCGGAUUGCAGCGGAAAAGCAAAGAUGUCACACCGGAUCCUUUGCCUUCAGGACACAUUAAGGUGAGAAUACGAUCUCUGGCUGGCUGGAACUAGCCUAAGAGUGUAAGGCAGCCAUGGAUAUGGAGUAUGAGCUACUCAAUGGGAGCCACACUUGGGUCUCCCCUCCUUUUGACCUCGAUGGCUCUGUGGUGGCGGCCAACAGCUCAAACCAGACAGAGCCAUACUAUGACCUGACCAGCAAUGCAGUCCUCACAUUCAUAUAUUUUGUGGUCUGCAUCAUUGGAUUGUGUGGCAACACACUUGUCAUUUAUGUCAUCCUCCGCUAUGCCAAGAUGAAGACCAUCACCAACAUUUACAUCCUCAACCUGGCCAUCGCAGAUGAGCUCUUCAUGCUGGGUCUGCCCUUCCUGGCCAUGCAGGUGGCUCUGGUCCACUGGCCCUUUGGCAAGGCCAUUUGCCGGGUGGUCAUGACUGUGGAUGGCAUCAAUCAGUUCACCAGCAUUUUCUGCUUGACGGUCAUGAGCAUCGAUCGAUACCUGGCUGUGGUCCACCCCAUCAAGUCGGCCAAGUGGAGGAGACCCCGAACGGCCAAGAUGGUCAAUGUGGCCGUGUGGGGAGUCUCCCUGCUGGUCAUCUUGCCUAUCAUGAUAUACGCUGGGCUUCGGAGCAACCAAUGGGGGAGAAGCAGCUGUACCAUCAACUGGCCAGGUGAAUCUGGGGCAUGGUACACAGGGUUCAUCAUCUACACCUUCAUCUUGGGGUUCCUGGUGCCCCUCACCAUCAUUUGUCUUUGCUACCUGUUCAUUAUCAUCAAGGUGAAGUCCUCUGGGAUCCGCGUGGGUUCCUCCAAGAGGAAAAAGUCUGAGAAGAAGGUCACCCGGAUGGUGUCCAUAGUGGUGGCUGUGUUCAUUUUCUGCUGGCUUCCCUUCUAUAUAUUCAAUGUCUCCUCUGUCUCUGUGGCCAUCAGUCCCACACCAGCCCUUAAAGGCAUGUUCGACUUUGUGGUGGUCCUCACCUAUGCCAACAGCUGUGCCAACCCUAUCCUGUAUGCCUUCUUGUCUGACAACUUCAAGAAGAGCUUCCAGAAUGUCCUCUGCUUGGUCAAGGGAAGUGAUUCCAAGGGACCAAGAACUGGUGGAAAUAAUUUCAGGGAAGACAGACUCACUCUGUAGCAUUCAGGCCCCUGCAAUCAGACACUGCCUCCAAGGAGGCCACGGCCCACAGCAGCCAUCUAAAGUCUUCAAACAAAAUGCAUAUCCAGGUAUACAGUCGGUGCUCAUCAGCACGAUGAUCAUUCUAACGGGCCUUUAAGGCUGAAGCUAUAAUUCUGUCCAAAUCAGCAGGCAGGUUGCUUCUCUAUGAAAAGGAAUCCUCUACUUCUUGAAAUACCUCUUUCAAGGAUAACUUGCUUUCUGGUGGUUUUCUUUCUUCCGAAAGAGGGAAUAAGCGUUUCAAUUUAAAUGUUAAUACGAUUUUAAUUCCAAUAUGUAAGCUUAGCCUCAACUCAACAUUUAAUUAUGAACAUAAAUCUGCUGGAUGCUGGGAGAGAACAAAAAGUAAUGCCACUCCAUUGAUGUGAGGGCAGCUGAUCAUUUGGAUCAUGCGAGCUACUAUUUAACCUACCCAUGAACAUGGGUAAUUAAGAGCUGGUUAAACCUCAGUGGAUCUGGUGAGAGAGCUAUCAGGAGAGAGAAUGUGACACUGUGGCCUGUGUUGAAUGAUGCUGGUUUGUGUUUCGGUAACACAGAGGGUUGAGGACUAUCGAACGUGGAGUUCGUGCCAUAGCUUGGGACAGUCUGGGUGGACAAGGAGAAGGCCACUGGGGGAUAGAGGACACUGCAUUUCCUUCCUUUGUUUUUGGAAGAAGAAAGAGGAGGAGGCAGGAGGCAGCAGGGGAAGAGGAAGAAGAGGAAUCCUUACUCUCGAUUAGCUGAGGCUGCUAGCAAGUGCUGAGCAGAACCUGUAGCUGACCUCUCCUUAAGUUAUAUGGUGGGAUUUGACUGCACGCACUGCGGGUAGCAGCUUUUCCCGCAGACUCAUUUUUAAACUAUACCUCUUUUAUUUUUUUUAUUUCUUGCAUGGAUUUACUUAUCUAUCACAAAUGCUAUGCAGAGAAGAAAAUGUGGGCUGGUGAGUGAGACUUCCAGAGCUGGCGGUGAACUGGAGUCUAUUUGCUUACACAGAUUUAACCUCCUCCCCACGGCAGCAUGCAAGUGUUGAUUGCUAGAUAGGAGCACCGUGCCGGCCAAGUGUACAGUCUGGUCAUUGAGAGAGGUAGGAAGGAAUGUCUGUGGGGAUGCAUGUUCCUCUUCAGCUCCAAGUGUGACUGUUCAAGACAGCUAAGUGAGGAGGGAAGGCAGAAAUGAACUCCUGCCUAGUUGAAGGAAGGUGGCAAGAGAAUCAUCGAAAGGCUCCAUAUACGGUUGGGAAGGUCCCAUUAGUGUUUCUGGACCAUGUGGCAUCGUAAAAAUCACCACAGGUGGCAAGCCAAGCAUUUGAGCUUUGUAAGUAAUAAUUUAUAUUUGGUCACUUGUCUGAUCCCCAUUUCUACCAGGUUCAAAAAACAUCAAGUUCUCUAUCAAAUAUCCUAUCAGAGCAAAUCUUCACCUCACUGGUUAUUCUCCUUCUAAUAUGUGGAUUUCUUGGAACGUUCCCACAGGCCGAGUCUCAUUUUUUUUUUCCCUAGCAGCUCAUCUGGAAAGCAGGCACCGGGGAUUAUAUUCUACUUCACAGCCGAAAAGCUUUCAUGGGUCUAUUACCUGAGUCAGCAGACCGGUUAGGGUUGGGAAUAGCAACUGCGGGACAAGUGUUCAUGUCCCCCACCCCUACUGGCCACUGUCCCUCCGUUAACUCCUCAGUGACCGAGCACAGGCUGAUCAGCUAGUUUUCUCCCUUGGAUGUGUCAGGUUGCAUGUAUCUGGGCUGUUGCUUCAAAACAGAGUUAAACAUUAGCCAAGACUUGAGCAAGCUGAAUAUAAAACUACUGAUUCCCCUGGGAUUAAAAGUGAGUAUGACAAGUGAAACGCUGUGGCUUGCUCCCUGGGUUCCGUGGGCGUCUGCCUCCUGUCGGACGGACGGAGAUUUUCAGCAGGAGAUGGAUCACACAGACCCAAUCAGGUGUUUGGAGAGGAAGGGAGAGAUGCUUUAGCUUUUCAUCCCUCCUCUCCCCUGGUAUUACUGAGAGGACGGAAGAGGGAGAGAAGACCCCUUUGCCAGGAUACUGGUGUCUGGUGAGGAGAGGUGGCUCACGUCUGCCCCUGGGCCUACCAGCACUGGUCAGACAUAAAAUGGCCCUGUCCUUGCUAGGAAAGCCUGUUGAGGAGCCUAACGCAAGAUCUACUCCAAGAGAAAUCUGAAAUGGCGUGCCACAGCCUUGCCCUCUCCCAUUAUUCGGUGACUGGGGCCUCCGAUUGCUUAAGCAACAGAGCAGGUCCCUUGCAGGGCAGUCAUGGAAGGAAGAAAGGCAGCUGAGCUGUGGUUUACCAAAUCAGACAGUCAUAACCCUAAACACAGGAGACACAGUUGUCCCAGGACCUUACAAAGAUCAGAUUGCAAAGUGACCAGAACAGGGUCCCUGAGGAAAACUGCUAGUCUCAAAAGAGGAGGACCCACGGUUAGCUCUACCGGACGACCUGCAAGCUCACCCACGUCUGCCCUCCAGGGCUCCCUGUCCAUGCACCAGGCACCUCGAAGGAGCAGCAAUGCCACUCCUGGGGUGCUCCCCCUUCCUCGCUGAUGGUUGGGGUACCAGUUCCCAUGGAGGUUCCUGUCCCCAAGCGAGGGAUUGUGGCCAUCACUGAGAGGGCAGAUAUUUUUCCCCAUGGGUAUUAUUUUCAACAAGAAACCCAAGUGGUUCUCUGACGACAUAACCGAGGCCUGGUUGUUUACUCAACAUUCACCGGCAUCCUAUUUCUCGGGACAAAGGGACAGUCUCCUAAGGCUCACCACACUUUGUGCUCUCAGGCACAGGUACCCCGGUGAUGCAGUGCACACAGGUGACGCAGUGGAGCCCACGUGUGGCACACACACGUGAUGCACACGUACUCACACACAAUCCGCCUUCUACAUCUUGUAGGCAAGACUUCCAAUGCAGGGAUUCUCCAAGGCUUUCAAUGGAGGGACAGAACUAUAAUUUGACUAACUCAUUUAAAGUCAAGGGAUAUACACUCUUUCCUUUCUUUUUUUUUUUUUUUUAAAUGGGAGGGGAUGUCGUGUAUAAGCCAAUUUUUCACGCAAAGACUCCGUGCCAGGUCGUCGACUGCAUUCCUGCCCCACCCUGCUGUCCCUGCAAAUAGCAGGCCACUUCAAUUUAAAAAAAAAAAAGUAAAGUUGGCAAAAUUACAAAUCAUCCCCACUAGUCAACCAACUGGAAGCACAUGUUCUGCUAACGGCAAUAGUUCUGCACAAGGAAAAACACACAAUUUCUUUGCAGAAAAAUCGCUCAAUAUAAUUUUCAAAUGGAUACCCACAGAAGACAGAUCCUAACAGACAUUUCUUCCCCACUGUGUUGCUUUUUUUUUUUCCAUUGAGGUAUAAUUGACAGACAUUAUAUUUGUUUCAGGUAUACUAUACAACAUAACGACUUGAUGUUUGCACACAAAUGCAAAUGAGCACCACAGCAAGUCCAGGUGGUAUGACCAUCCAUCACCAUACCUAGUUCCAGAAUUCUUUGUUUCUUGUGAUGAGAACUUUUAAGAUUUACUGUCAGGAACUUCCAAAUAGGCAAUACAGUAUUAUUAACUAUAGCAGCCAUGCUGUACCUUAUAUCCCCUUGACUUACAUAUUUUAGAGCUGGAAAUCUAUUUUUUUUUGAGCGUCUUCAUCCAUUUCACCCCCACCCCACUUCCUGCCUCUGGAAGCCACCAGUCUGUCACCUGUAUCUAUGAGCUUGGUUUGGUGGGUUCUUUUGUUUUAGAUUCCACACAUAAGUGAAAUCAUAUCAUAUUUAUCUUUCUCUGACUUAUUUCACUUAGCAUAAUGCCCUCAAGAUCUAUUCAUGUUGUCGCAAAUGGCAAGAUUUCAUUCUUUUUUUAUAGCUGAAUAUUCUAGCGUGUGUGUCUAUAUAUCACAUAUAUAUCACAUGUUAUAUAUAUAUCACAUAUAUAUUAUAUAUGAGAUAUACGUGAGAUAUAUAUGUAUAUCUCAUUUUCUUUAUCCAUUCGUCCAUUGUUUCUAGGUCUUGGCUAUCAUAAAUAAUGCUGCAAUGAAUAUGGGGGUGCAGAUACCUCUUUGAGAGCCUGUUUUCAUUUCCUUUGGAUGGAUAAAUACCCAGAAGUGUGACGGUUGGACCAUAGGGUAGUUCUAUUUUUAAUUUUUUGAGGAACCUCCAUAAUGUUUUUCAAGGGACUGCACCAACUGACAUUCCUACCAACAGUGCAGAAGGGUUCUCUCUUCACAUCCUCGCCAGUAUCUCUUGCUUGUCUUCUGGAUAAUUGCUAUUCUGACAAAUGUGAGAUGGUAUCUCAUUGUGGCUCUGAUUUGCAUUUCCCUAAUGAUGAGUGAUGCUGAGCAUCUUUUCAUGUACCUGAUAGCUAUCUGUAUGUCUUCUUUGGAAAAAUAUCUACUCAGAUCCUCUGCCCACUUGUUAAUCAAAUGUCUGUUGUUAUUAAGUUUUAUGAGUUCAUUAUAUAUUUUGGAUGCUAACCCCUUAUCAAAGAUAUGAUUUGCAAAUGUUUUCUCCCAGUCAGUGGGCUGCUGUUUCAUUCUGUUCUUUGCCUUGUAGCAGCUUUUUAACUUCACGUAGUCCCACUCAUUUAUUUUUGCUUUUGUUGCCUUUGCUUUGGGUAUCAAAUACAAAAAAAUCAUUGCCAAGGGGCACUUGGGGGCUCAGUCAGUUAAGUGUCUGCCUUCGGCUCAGGUCAUGAUCCCAGAGUCCCGGGAUCGAGCCCUGCAUUGGGCUCGUGGCUCAGUGGGGAGCCUGCUUCUCCCUCCCCCUUGUAUUCCCUCUCUCUCUUUCUCCCUCUCCAAAUAAAUAAAUAAAAAUCUUUAAAAAAAAAUCAUUGCCAAGACCAAUGUCAAGGAGCUUACUAUGUUUUCUUCUAGGAGUUUUAUGGUUUCUGGUCUUACUUUUAGGUCUCUAAUCCAUUUUGAGUUUAUUUUUGUCUUUGGUGUAAGAGGUCCAAUUUUUUUUUGCAUGUGGCUGUCCAGUUUUCUCAACACCAUGUAUUGAAGAGACUGUCCUUUCCCCAUUGUCGGUUCUUGGCUCUUUUGUCAUAGCUGACCAUGUAUAUGUGGGUUUAUCUGUGGGCGCUCUAUGCUGCUCCACUGAUCUAUUGGUCUGCUUUUAUGCCAAUACCAUACUAUUUUGAUUAGUA